AUGAAUGUUGAAAUGCAACGGCGUACUGGUACAUCGAAUGCUUGUCGUCUAUAUAACGAUUCGGCGUAUAGCCGAUCUGAUCUUCAAGUAGUUCACGCUAAAUUGAAUAUCAUGCGGAAACGAUGGAUGGCAAAACUGAAAAAGGACGACAUUGCCCAACCUCUGUAUCGGUUUCCAGUGAAGGAGAUUCAAAAGAACCUACCUCCGGAAAAUAUGAAAACCAUUCGAGCUAUUACUGACAUCAACAGAAACGCUAAUCUUAGCGAGUACAUGUAUCAAGCCGACAUUAUCCUUACCUUAGCACAAAUCGAACAGAUUAUCGAGAACGACGAGAACCAGGAGCGUGUUAGACGACAGGCGUAUCGCGAUCGCUUCUACCCAAAUACUAUCUGGGACAAAACAUUCUACUAUUAUUUCGCGCCUACUGCUACUGACACUGUAAAGACGGUACUCAAGGCCGCAGCACAGUACUGGCAACAAAACACGUGCAUUAAGUUUGUCGAAAGCACAACAGCGCCUAAUAGGGUUCGAGUUUUGAAGGGCGAUGGCUGCUAUUCGUAUGUGGGAAGAGUGGGCGGUGUGCAGGAUCUGUCACUGGGAAAAGGAUGCGAGAGUCCUUCUGGAUGUGGUGAUAUAUUGAUUGCCGGGCCCUCAUACAGUUUAAUGAUAAGUCACGUUGGUGACGGCACCCGUCAAGCAAAAAUGGACUUUAAAAGGUGUAAUUAUUGGAUAAAGGCUCCACAAGGAAAGAGAGUUCAAGUUCGCCUCGAAAAUUACGAAGGCUUUGGCGCUGAUGGCUGCAUUUAUGGAGGAGUGGAAAUCAAAGCCCAUCCUGACCAGCUUAGAACAGGAUAUAGGUGA